UCAAUGAUCAUUCUCCAUUCUAUAUAAACAAAACGUCUUUUAUUUCAUUAGUGUCCAUAACCUCAAACCUCCAACAACUUUUGAGUUUUUUGAGUUUUCUUUCUCCAUAAUAAUGGCGUCCACUCCUUCUCCUCGCACUGCCGCCACCACCCUUCAAAAUUCUCUCCUCUCUUCUUCUUCUUCCUCUGUAAAUCAUAAUAAGCCUUCAAAUCUCUCUUUCCUCCACGCCUCCUCAAAUUCCUCUUCCCUCAAGCUUUUCCACUCUGUUUCUGCUUCGUUUUCUCCAUCAAAUUCUUCUUCUACCAUUUGUAAUGUUCUCAAAACUGUUGAAUCUGCCGACAUCUCAUUCUCCAACGCGAGAGAUCUGGACGGCGUUGUUUCGAUUCCCAAGCCAACCAUUCUCGUCUCCGAGAAACUUGGAGAGGCGGGUUUGGACCUGCUCCGUAGUUUCGGCAACGUGGAUUGUUCGUAUGACUUGUCUCCUCAGGAUCUCUGCGCUAAGAUCUCUCUGUGCGACGCGCUUAUUGUACGGAGUGGGACUAAGGUAACUCGACAAGUCUUUGAGGCUGCACAGGGCCGUCUUAAAGUCGUCGGAAGAGCUGGUGUUGGGAUAGACAAUGUGGAUCUGCAAGCUGCUACUGAAUUUGGAUGCCUCGUCGUUAAUGCGCCCACAGCUAAUACUAUUGCUGCCGCGGAGCAUGGAAUCGCUUUGCUCACCUCCAUGGCCCGUAACGUUGCUCAGGCUGAUGCCUCCAUGAAAGCUGGCAAAUGGCUGCGCAGCAAGUACGUGGGUGUUUCUCUUGUUGGGAAGACAUUAGCAGUUAUGGGCUUUGGUAAAGUUGGUUCCGAGGUUGCAAGACGUGCAAAAGGCCUGGGUAUGCAUGUCAUUGCCCAUGAUCCUUAUGCACCAGCUGACAGAGCUCGCGCUAUUGGUGUGGAUUUGGUUUCCUUUGAGCAGGCCAUAGCCACUGCUGACUUCGUCUCACUCCACAUGCCUCUUACACCUGCUACUAAGAAGGUAUUCAAUGAUGACACAUUCGCAAAGAUGAAGAAAGGAGUUCGCCUUAUAAAUGUUGCUCGAGGGGGUGUUAUUGAUGAAGAUGCAUUAGUUAGAGCCCUUGACAGUGGAAUAGUUGCUCAGGCAGCACUUGAUGUAUUCACGGUGGAGCCACCACCAAAAGAUAGCAAACUAGUGCAACAUGAGAAUGUCACAGUUACACCUCAUCUUGGAGCAAGCACAAAAGAAGCACAGGAAGGAGUUGCGAUUGAAAUAGCUGAGGCUGUUGUUGGUGCUCUAAAUGGGGAACUUUCUGCUACCGCUGUGAAUGCUCCAAUGGUCCCUCCUGAGGUAUUGUCCGAGUUGGCUCCUUAUGUCGUGCUUGCUGAGAAACUAGGUAGACUGGCUGUACAGCUAGUGACUGGUGGAAGUGGAAUUCAGAAUGUGAAAGUGGUCUAUAAAUCAGCCAGGGACCCUGACAGCUUGGACACUAGACUUCUCCGAGCCAUGGUAACAAAAGGCAUUAUUGAGCCAAUAUCCGAUACAAUCAUCAACCUUGUAAAUGCUGAUUUCAGCGCAAAGCAGAAGGGUAUUCGUAUUAGUGAAGAACGUGUUAUUGUUGAUUCGUCUCCAGAGUACCCUGUUGAGUCCAUCCAGGUUCAAAUUAGCAACGUGCAAUCAAGAUUUGCAAGUGCUUUAUCAGAGAAUGGGAAUAUCAGCAUCGAGGGGAAAGUGAAGUAUGGGGUUCCCCAUCUUACACGCGUUGGAUCAUUUAGUGUUGAUGUGAGCUUGGAGGGUAACCUCAUCCUUUGCAAACAAGUGGACCAACCUGGUAUGAUCGGGCAAGUUGGAAACAUACUUGGUGAGAGUAACGUGAAUGUGAGCUUUAUGAGCGUUGGAAGAACCGUGAAGAGAAAGCAGGCAAUUAUGGCAAUUGGAGUAGACGAAGAACCAAACAAGGAUACUCAGAAGAAGAUAGGAGAGGUAUCUGCAAUUGAAGAAUUUGUCUUCCUCAAACUAUAGUCCAAACGAACGAACUUCUUACUACUACUCUUAUUAUUGAGAAAAAUCCAAUAUUUAUGCUGGGAAUUAUUGGAGAAUAACAAUUGUCCGCGGCUGACUGCUGGAAUGUUGAGCUCAAAUAGAUGCUGCUAGUCCGCCUUCUUGUUCCAGAAAAAGAUAUAUAUGUGUACUAAGUUUAAUAUUUUGCAGUUUGGCUUAAGGUGAUUCUGCCUACUCUACUUAGUUAAUGUGGUCGUUUUGGUGUUUGUUCGAAGUGAUCAAAGCGAUGUUGUUUCUCAUGUAAUCCUCCUUGAGCUUUUGAUUUACCAGGAAUACUUAUUCUCUUA